UGCUACUUUUUAUGUAAGUUAUUUUGAAAAGUCAAUUUUUUUUCAUUUUUCCAGGCAUUAUGAAAAACUUCUAUUUCAGAGUUAUUACCAUAGUUAUAGGUGUUUUCUUUACUGGAACAAGAGAAAAUCCAUCAAGAAAAAGCAGUAUUUUAUUCAAUUCAGAGUACCAAAGUAAUAAAUAUCUCCUAACAAAUUGUUCUACUGGAAAGCAUGAGCUACCCAUGGACUCAUCACAGACAGCAGCCACAGUGAACGUAAGCUUCAGUUUCUUUAGAGUUCUCUUACAGUCUCACACGAUAAAAGAAGAAUGGAAAAUAAAACACCUGGACCUCCCUGAUACUCUCCUAUGGAAAAUGACCUUGAGCCCUCUCACACCUUUACAUGCUUUGGAAAUACUCAACCUAAGCAACAGUGCCAUCCACUCCAUCUCGUUGGAUCUAUCCAGUCCUCACUCCUCACCAGAAAAACACCAUAGAAGCAGCUUCCAAAAUGAACUUCUCUUUCUAAAGGUGCUAAUUCUUCAAAGAAAUAAACUCACUGACACUCCCAAGGGACUAUGGAAACUGAAGUCAUUGCAGAGUUUGGAUCUGUCAUUCAAUGGGAUAUUGCAGAUUGGGCUGUCUGAUUUUCAUAACUGCCUGCAACUGGAGAACCUUUAUUUAAAAAACAACAAAAUAUUUAAAAUUCAUCCAGAAGCUUUCAAGGACCUCAAAAAAUUACAGGUUGUAGACCUCAGCAACAAUGCUCUGACCACUGUCCUACCAAUGAUGAUCAUUGCUCUAAAAUUUCCCCAUCUGGAGGUUGACUUGACAGAUAAUCAAUGGCAGUGUGAUGAUAGAGUGACAUUCUUCCAAAGUUUCAUUUCUGAAUCCUGGAGGAGAAAGUGGAAUGUACUUUGCAAUAAGUCUGUAGGGGAUGAGAAGGCACAUUUGGAGAUUCCCCAAAGCAGAAUUUCCAGGGAGAUUCACCUUCCUCCCACUGAUCUGAACCACAUGAAAAGCCUCAUAAGGAACAAAGCAGCGAGGCCCCAGGGAGGAGCGUCUGUGCGCUUUUCCACUCUGAGGAAGGAGGCCCACACUGGCUCUGAUCUCAGGGAGAUGCAAGAACAGCUGCCAAGAGUGGGCAGAAAUGCCCGGGAUGUUCACGCUGCUGGCAGAAAGGAGGAUGCUUCCCAGGACCUCGUCCUGGCCAUCUGCCUGUCUGUGUUCAUCACGUUCUUUGUGGCUUUCUGCCUGGGGGCUUUUACAAGACCUUAUGUUGACAGACUGUGGCAACAAAGAUGCUGGCACAAAAGCCCCGGUUCAGAUAAUGCCUAUUCAAAUGAGGGCUUCUAUGAUGAAAUUGAAGCUGCAGGGAGCACACAGCAUCCAAGGACCGAUCUGCACCAAGCUUUGCAUGAUCCAAAACUCUGUGAGAACCAGCACUCUUUUUUGGUGACAGAGCCAAGUCCAUGUGCCACUGUCAUUCCCAACAAAACUCUGGGAAGCAGCAGAAAGGAACCUGGCAGUCUGCAGAGCACAGAACAAUGCAGGGCCAACACUGGGGCAGCAAGUAGAAAUGAUAACAUGUUUCCAAACAGCAGUGCAACCCAUUUCACUCUGUGCAGACAUCCAAACGCUCAUAAUGAUGAGCUAAUUUCAGCAGCACAGGACCACAUCUAUAGGAAUGAUAUUCUCAGGGAAUUAAAUUAUGAAACUGUGGCCCAGGAAUAUUCUCCCAGUGAGCAUUCAAUGGGUGGCUCUGCCAUAGCUGGCACAUUAAGGACUUUCUCUGGCUCAACCCAUAAUCAUUUGAAUGAAUUAGACCCAUCACUCCCCAGAGAAGUGACAGCUUCUGAAUCCAAAAUGCUAACACAUGCAAAUGCACAGAGGACUGGAGAGAGUGAGGAAAUCAAGGGCCCUGAACAGUCACCUUUGGAAACUAUGGGUUUGCAAAUAGAAUUUUCUAAGGAAAUGCAAGUGAGCAAUUUCAUCAGCUUGCUGAAUGCGCAGCAGCCAGGGAGCCAGGGGGCCAAAGCUGAGGAAGAGCAUCCAGAAAUCUACAGUGCAAGCACUUGUAUCCACCCAAGAGAUGCAGACCCAUCAGCCCUCAUGCCAAGAUGGGCUAGUGACCUCAGUGUCACUCCUGCUAAUGAGAAGCCAGUGCCAAAAAGUGCACCCUUUGACACUCAGUAUGACUUGGAGACUGACUACGAUUCCGACGAAGGAUCUUUGUUCACCCUCAGUUCAGAGGGUUCAGAGGUGACAAGGGACAUGACUGAAGAAGAGCAGCAUGGUGAGGAGAGCAGUGGGGCCACCAAGCCCCUGCAAGUUGAGAAUCCAGGGAUGCACAAGGACAGUGUUAUGUCAGUAGAAAGUCUUCAGGACAACAUCACCUUCCAGAAGAUUCUGGGGAAAUAUGAAACUCAGGAAGAUAAUUUUGGAAAAUCUCUCAUUUCUGGAUCAGACUCUGGUUUGCGCAAGACUUCUUUGGAAAGUGCCUCUAACAUCAACAUAUCUGAGGAUCCAUUAACCUGGCCCAGAUCCCUGGGUAACAGUCCUUCAAGUGAUGAGAUUCCAGACAUGUCUGCUUAUGAUUAUGACAUAGCUCUGCAGGAGACACCAGAAUGGCAUUGCUCACUUAGAGACCUAGAAUUUUCAAACGUGGACAUUUUACCACAAACACCUCCACAUUCUGCUGAAGAUCCCUCAGAUACUGUUGAGAGAGCCUGCCGUGAAAAAGACAUAGACACUUGUAGAUAUGAGCCUUUCAUUCAAGGAAUAGAGACAGCUCAAAAAGACUUUGCUCUCAAGAUUUCUACAGGGGAAAACUUAAAACUCUCACAACAAGAUUCCCAAGGGGGAGACCAGGAUUCCAACCAAAUGGACACUGAUGCAAAUAAGGGGCUUUAUGUCCACUUGAGGACAUAAAAUCCAGAAAACUCAUAAGCUGAAUGCAGGUGUUACAAUCCUAUGGUGAUAAGCUGGCUCUUGAGUGUGAAACGGGAGAAUAUUUUGGAGACAGUUCCAAGAACUAAGCACUAUCAUUACAAGAGCUUCCAAAUAAACCCAGUUCACUAAGAGCACAAGAGCACUGCAGUGAUAGAGACCAGGGUAAAUAUUCAGAGGAGAAUCCAUAGGAAAAGAUGAUUAUAAGGUCUGUGCUCAGACGCAGACCCAGAGCAACCUGAUGGGAGUUGGCUGUGUAUGUGAACAGCCCCAUUGUGACAAAGACAAGGAUGUUCAACUUGGUAAUCACAGGGAAUUCAAGUGACAUUUUAGUCCACAGUGAAGCACUUACAUGGAAAUGUUGAAGAGAUUUUUAAUGAAUUCUCCCCAGAGACUAGCACAGCUUUUUGAAGACUGAUCAUGAAACCAUAAGAUUGGAAGGGUUUAGAACAAUUUAAAUAUUUUAAUAAGUUACAGAGAAGAGAGACCAUUUCAUAGAACAAAAUAUUAAUUAAAAUUCAAUUUUCAAGAGAAAAGGUAAUAUUUUCUAUAAAAGAAAAAGGUCCACCACCAUUGUCCUUGAUGAGCCUUCUUGGUGUGACUCUCCAGCUUGGUCUCUCAUGAGCUUCAGCUUCUCUGACAUUUUCUCAGUUUCCUUCUUGACUCUCCUUCUUUGCUUGCCCCCUUAAAGGCAGUAUUCCUCCAGGAUUUUCCCCCAGUCUUUCCUUAGGACCCCUUUACCAGUACUGGGGAAUGGUGAAGAAACAAUACUAUAAAUCUGAGUUGGGCCAAGACAGGUUUUGCAAGGACUGAUGAAAAGUUCUUGCAAAUGUGGAACCUACUGCUUCACAAUCAGCUUGAUAUAGAUGAUGCCAGAUCUGCACAACAAGGCCCAGCCUCCCUGUUACACUCCAUACUCACAUCCUUAAACCCACUUGCUCAAUCCAUGUGAAUUAUCCAGCACCUAAAAUUCAUCCUUUUCCUUCACAAACAUCACGUCCUAUAUUAUCUUUCUUGAUUAACAAUAGCAUGGCAUCCUCCAAGUAAACCCUGUUAGUUACAACUUCUGACUCAGUUCUGACUCAUUCUCUUUCAUUUCUUACAUCUGAGUAGCCUGUAAGCCAAGUGCAUUGGAAGUUCCUGGAUGGCUAUAGGAUAGGGAGAUAGGUAUGGCAACCUGGAUGGAGGCUAGGCAAUGUGUGCUAAAUCAGGGUUUAUGAAGAAGAUGCAAAUUGAUAGAAUGUGGGAAAGAACACUAAGAGUCCCUUAAUCUACCUCAUGGUAGAAUCCUGUGGGAUCCAGCUCCUCAAUAACUCUUAAACUUGUCAUGUCUACUCUCAGUCUCCAAAUAAGGGGCAUCCCUUGCCUAUCACCUAGAUUAUUGUGAUCUUUAGUACUUCUCUGUGCGCCACUCACCUCCUAACAGUCUUAUAUCCAGUUUACUACUCCCCUGCUCAAAAACCUCUGAUGGAUGCUGUUAUCUUUAUAAAAACCCAAUUCCAUAAUACGGACACAUUCCAUCUUUCCAAUUACCUCACUGUACAUUCUAUUCUUGUUUAUAUCAUUUACGACAAUUAUUUAUCUCAGCAAACUCCUGAGACCCUUACUGGAUUCCCGACUAAUUUCUUCCCCACUCAUAAUCACUGUUUUAAAACUUUGACUAUCCUUGAUGUUUCAAUGAGAAAAUUUAGAAAUCUGGACUGUGAGGAAGAAAUUUCUUUCUCUUACCCCAUAGCUGUAAACAUGUUUAUAUCCAUAUUUACCCUCAUUAUUUUUCUCCAGUCUAAGAAGAAAUCAGUAUUCUAUGGUCAAGGAUAAUACCUCCAGACUGCUUUUGCUUCAGUCCUGGGUAUAGAUCCUUCAUUCAUCCCAUUUCUGCACACCCAAGCUCUCCAUAUCUAUUGGAUGUUUCUUGGUGUUUCAUGUUCAAGUCCUCUCAACAUUAAAAUUAAAAGAAAAGAACACCUAGCAGCUCCUCAAAAUACUACCUUCUCUCUAUCAUAGCUAAGCUCCUCAAAGCAAUGGUCAAAGGACGGUCCACUGACUUUUCAGCAUGCUAUGGUCAAGCUUCAUCCUCCCUCUAACCUGUGCCAUUAAAAGUCAAAAGCAACUUUCAACUGACACAUGCAAUGGACUCUUCACUCUUCAUCAAGUAAAACCUCUGCAGCACUUGACCCUUGGCCACUCCCACCUGGAAACAUUGUAUUAGGCAACUUCCCACUGCUGUGACACAAGAACUGAGAUAAAUCAACUUAAAGGGGGAAAUGUUUAUUUUGGCUCGUGGUUUCAGAGGUUUCAGUCCAGUUUACUUUGGGGCCUACAAUGAGGUGGAACAUCAGA